UAUUUCAACACUUUGGAGAACAGCCUGGUGAAUCUUUUCGUUCUUCUCACCACUGCCAAUUUCCCCGACGUGAUGAUGCCGUCUUAUUCCCGAAACCCGUGGUCCUGUGUCUUUUUCAUUGUGUAUCUUUCCAUCGAGUUGUAUUUCAUUAUGAAUUUGCUCCUGGCUGUCGUCUUUGAUACCUUCAGUGCCGUUGAGAAAAUGAAGUUCCGGUCACUCUUGCUUCACAAGCGCAUGGCCGUCCAGCACGCCUACCGCCUGCUGGUUAGCAAACAGAGACCCUCUGGGAUUGCGUUCAAGCAGUUUGAUGGCCUCAUGCGCUUCUACGCGCCCCGGAUGAACGUUCGGGACCGUUAUCUGACUUUCAAAGCACUGAGUCAAAGCAGCAGCCCUUUAAUCAGUUUGAAGGACAUGUACAGCUUCUACGAAGUGGCUGGUUUGAAAUGGAAGGCAAAACGGAACCGGGAACAUUGGUUUGAUGACCUUCCAGGGACAGCUUUCCUUAUUUUUAAGGGUAUUAACAUAUUAGUGAAUUCUCGGGCUUUCCAGUAUGGCAUGUAUGUUCUGGUGGCCGUGAACGGUCUCUGGAUUCUAGUGGAAACCUUCAUGUUGCGAGAUGGAAUCUUUUCCCGAGACGUCCCCUGGAGUUACAUCAUGUUCCUUACAAUCUACGGGGUCGAAGUGCUGUUGAAGGUCACUGGCCUGGGACCUAAAGAGUAUCUCUCUUCUGGCUGGAAUCUUUUCGAUUUUGCGGUCACUUUGUUCGCAUUCUUGGGUCUCCUGGCACUGGCGUUCGAUAUGGAACCCUUCUACUUCAUUGUUGUGCUGCGGCCUCUGCAGUUACUGAG